AUGCUAGUUGCUGUAGCGUACGAUGCAAAUAACCAACUGUUUCCGAUUGCCUUUGCAAUUGUUGACAGCGAGAAUCAUGACUCUUGGAAGUAUUUCUUGCAGAAGUUAAAGGAAGCAAUUGGGGAGGUUGAAAACUUAGUGUUUGUAUCGGAUAGGCAUCAAAGCAUUGAACAUGCUGUCGAGGUUAUUUUCCCCGAAGCAUGCCACUGUGCAUGCUACAAACAUAUUUCUAUGAAUGUCACCCACAAAUUCAAGACUGAUGUAUGUAACACGCAAAUAUGGUUGGCCGCUUACGCAUGGUCGAAGAGGGAAUGUGAUAGACAUUUGCAGGUGCUCCGACAGAUGGAUCCUCCCAUCGCUGCUUAUGUUGACAAUAUAGGAUUAGAAAAAUGGGCUCGUCCUUAUUGUCUAGGAGACAGGUACAACAUCAUGACAAACAACGCUGCAGAAAGCCUUAACAACUUGACUGAAGAAUUCCGGGCAUAUCCAAUAACUACUCUAGUUGAGUUCAUAAGGUUCACACUACAAAAUUGGUUUGCUAACCGUCUCGAUAAGGCAAGUAAGUGUGUUACCCCUUUGGCAACUCAUUUUGAGGAAGAUUUGAUAAAGCAACACGAGGAUGGUAGACGUAGAAGUGUCCUACGUAACGCUGCACAAUUGUUUAAUGUUGGAAGAGGUGCUGACGGUUUUGACUUUGAAAAAGGCAGAGAUGUGAACUUAGUUGAGAGAACAUGCACUUGCGGCAUGUUCCAAUUGUUGAAAAUUCCUUGUCCCCAUGCAUGUGCCGCAGCGCUUACUCAGAAUGUCAGUGUCUACGCUCUGUCAUCCCCCUAUUACACAAAGGAGACGUGGAAGAAUACUUACGAUGCAACAAUUAAUGUUGUGGGCGAGGAGGAUGAAUGGGUGCUUCCAGAACACAUGCAGAACAUGAGAAUCGGUGUACCAGUGGAGAAGAAACCUGUAGGUCGUCCAAGAAAGAGCAAUGCAGGAAGACUACGGACUAACCGAUUUCCAUCGAACGGUCAAAAAGUCAAGGAACCACGCAAAUGUUCAAACUGUGGCGCAUUGGGACACAACAAAGCUACUUGCAAGGCCAGGGUUUGA